AUGAGGAGUCGGAGGGAUCGUAAAGGGCGUAGCGACAGCGUCUCAGACUGUCAGAACUGGCAGGACCUGGACUCGCAGAACACCGUGAAUAAAAUAGAAAACAUCGAGACGUCAGUCGAAGUGGUGGACGGGAGGCAGAAGAUAGUCAGCAGGCUGGUGAUCCAGAACGCCAGUGUAUCAGUCAUGUAUAAAUGUUCUGCUGACAACAAAGUGGGUAAAGACCAAAGGCUGAUAUACUUCUAUGUGACCACUAUCCCAGAAGGUUUCAGUGUAGAGCUGGGUCCGUCUGAGGAACCUCUGGAGCAGGAGGAGGUGUCGCUAAGCUGCAUCGCUGACAACUACACCUACGAACAGCUCACCUGGUACAGACUGGACCCACAGGCGCUACAGGAUGAGAGUGGUAAACCCCUGGAGCUUGACUGUCAUAGUGUCCACCUGUACGCUGACCGCCUGGAUGGACAACUGACCUAUCAGGAGCGGUCUAACAGCUGGGUCCUGGAGAUGACUAUAGCUAGCAUCACGCUACAGGACGAAGGGAACUAUGUCUGUGAGGUUCAGAAUAGGAGGAGCCAAGAGAAACACUGUCUACGCAAAUACAUAUCGGUUAAAGGUGAGGGGGAGAAACACUGUCUACUCAAAUACAUAUCGGUUAAAGGUGAGGGGGAGAGAAACACUGUCUACUCAAAUACAUAUCGGUUAAAGGUGAGGGGGAGAGAAACACUGUCUACGCAAAUACAUAUCGGUUAAAGGUGAGGGGGAGAGAAACACUGUCUACUCAAAUACAUAUCGGUUAAAGGUGAGGGGGAGAGAAACACUGUCUACUCAAAUACAUAUCGGUUAAAGGUGAGGGGGAGAGACACACUGUCUACGCAAAUACAUAUCGG